UAAACAUUCGCCCCUAAUCAGUAUCCACUUAAGCUGGGUACGUGUAUCAUGACAAAAACGUACGACGACAUCUAUUAAUACUUUUUUACAUUUCGUAAUGUUCAUUUUACAUUUUCCUGACUUUCGGUGACUUUUACACGCCAACAUAACAAAAAUGACAAUGGCAGAAGACUCAAAAGAGAAUUCCGAAAGAGACACUGAGCAAAAAGACCUCAUGGAGCUGGUGAAUGGAAAUGGACCCUGGCAGUGGAUGAUCUUUGCGAUGAUCUUCGUAGUCAGCAUACCGGAUGGCAGCACCAAUAUGUCGAUGACCUUCUUCGCCCCUAAUUUAGAUUAUUGGUGCGCGCGACCACAAGGCAUAAAUUUGAGUGUGCAGGAGUGGAAGGAGGUUGGUUUACCGCCUGAUGAUUCCAAAUGCUCCAGGUAUAGAUUCGUCAAUAUUUCUCACAGUUCAUUAGCACAGUUGGAAAAUAACAGAUUCAGUAAUGAAACGACUGUUUGCAACUCCUGGGAGUUUGAUGAUUCCUUUUAUACUUCAACUAUUGUUAGUCAAUGGAACUUAGUUUGUGAUCGAGAGUGGCUUGUUUCAGUGUCUAAGUCAACUUUCAUCAUUGGGUACAUCUUUUCGUCCAGUAUUUUUGCAUAUCUAGCGGACAGAUUUGGUAGAAAACCGAUAGCUAUGCUUUGCAAUGUACUUGCAAUAAUAAGUGGAAUCUGCACCAUCUUUUCCACUUCUUUCCUCAUGUUUGCUAUAGCAAGGGCCUUCGCUGGAAUUGGUGUCACAGGAACAGCGAACAUUACAUUUAUUUUGCUGUUGGAAAUAAUUACACCGGAACACCGUUCUCCUUACUUCAUGGGAAUAGGCUUAGCUUGGGUAGUUGGCGCGCUCCAUCUUCCUCUUAUCGCCUGGUUGUUGCGGGAUUGGAUCUGGAUGGAAACUGUUAUCCUUAUACCGAGCGUUCUCUUUUUAUUCUGCUGGUGGUGGUUUCCCGAAUCUCCUCAUUGGCUGGCCCAUGGAAAAAGAGAUCAGGCUCUCAAGGUGUUGUCAAAAGCUGCAAAAAUGAAUGGAGUCGAUGUUUCGGAUGCUAAAUUAGAAGAAAUAUUGCUGAAAACAGAGAAGUCGUAUGAAGAUGAAACUCCCGGUGUCAGCGUGAUGCAGUUAUUUCAUCCGGAAUUGAGGCUGCGAACCUUAGCAAUGUGGUUUAUUUGGAGUGCGACCGCUUUCGUCUAUUACGGCAUAACGUAUAACACAAAUGAAUUGGCCGGUAAUCCAUUUGUCAAUUUUACUCUCUACAACCUCACAGAAGUUCCAGCAACCAUUCUAUCUUUCAUCGUUAUUCAAUAUAAAGGACGAAGGUGGCCUCUUUCUAUCAGUUUAAUAAUCACCGCUUUGUGUUCUUUCCUCGUCUACCUAAUUCCUGCAGACCCAUGGUGGAUACGGACAUCUGUGUCUUUGCUUGGAAUUUGCAGCAUCUCAGGUACUUUCGGCAUAAUAGGUUUAUUUACUGCUGAGAUUUUUCCUACAUUAUUGCGAAAUAUCGGCGUUGGAUCCGCUUCGACUGUUGCUCGAUUUGCAGCCAGUAUGGCUCCUUUCGUCAGAGAACUUGAAAGAGCUACUCAUCCUGUAGUUCCACAGAUUCUUUAUGGAGUCGUCUGUAUUAUAAGUGCUGGAUUAUCGCUUCUUCUACCCGAGACGAUGAACUGCAGCAUUCCGGACACUAUUAAAGAAGCUGCUAAAAUUAGCAGGAAGAACAGUAAUAAUAUACAGAGAAGAAAUAAAUAAUAUGAAAGGAAUCUAAGUGAAAGUUAAAAAGCGGAAGCGGUUACUGUAAAUAUAAUUCUGAAGAAGAAAAAUAGAUUCACGACAUAAUAUAAUACUUAUUGGUUAAACAGGAAUUCUCUAAUUUCAGUAAUUACGUUAUAACAACUCAUGCUUGUUAAUUGUCAACUCAAAACUUCAUUUUAAAUUUUGGAUUUUGUUCCAUUAUCUUAGAAAUAUAUAUGUAGUUAUUUUUUUUAUUUAAAUUCCAAGCUAUUUGAACCCAUUUCGAAUUUAAUUAUAGUAUAUUCUGAGUGUAUUUUUAUGGAAAUUCAAAAUUUAUUAGUUUUAUAUUCCGAUAAAAGAAAUAUGAAAAUGAGAGUAAAGCAUAUUAAAUUAAUUACUAAUUGUACUAGCGUAAAAGUACUCUCGAAAAUGAAUUUAAAAUAUAAUAUAUAAAAAAGAAUUUUUGUUUGUUUUUAUUUUAUGCGCUGCCGAAUCGUUCAUCCGAUUGCAAUAAAACUAUGCUAAUUUAUUGCUUUGAGCCAAGAAAAUCUAUGCAUCUCACAUGGCCUGUUCUCUGUUGGAUGCUCAAGUGUUAAACAGCCAAGAAAUAGAUUUGUUUUUGAUGAAGACGGGAAAACAAACAUAUAUUGUCUACUCUAAAGUAUACUAGAAUAAUAAAAUAAAAAAAAUAGAAUAUACAUUAUUUGUACUUCUUCUUUAUAUAUUAUUUAAUUUCAAUGAAAGUAUUAAUUUCCGAUCAGAAAACCAAUAUAAAUCUUUCUAGCAUUCCUAAUUAAACAAGAUAGCUAUUUCAAAUUUCAAACGAUAUUUCCAAAAUUAUUUCU